UCAUCGGCAUCAUCAUCAACAUGAGAUUGUUUCUCUUAAGUCUAUUGGCCGUGGGCAGUGUCCACUCAAUGGCUGUUGGUUACCCUUACAAGUCGGCAUUGGUGGGUUAUGUUCCGGCUCGUGGCGAAUUUCCCGUGCAAAGUUCUGUAGUACAGGGCUAUGUACGUUAUGUGGACAGCCAUGGCGUUGAACGCUUAGUGCCCUACAGUUAUCCUGAACCCCUUUACGGUGUCAGACAAAUCAGCUAUGUUGGUGGUGUUCCAGCCGCCGAAGUGGUGCACAAGCCCGUUGGAGAUGUGAAGACUUAUGGCGUCCAUCAAGCACCUUUGACGGUGCCAGUGCAUGUUUCAGAGACUCCCGAACAGAGCCAUGCUCGUGAAGAACAUUUGCGUAUUUACAAUGAACAGAUCAAACAUUGGCAGGAACUGCAAGAACAACAUGGCCGUCUAGUGUCGGAGGCGGUGCCCAAGGUGCACCAUGAGCAUGCCGCUGAGCAAUCCGUCAAACAGGUGUCUAGUCAUGAAGAUGGUUUAAAAGAAAUUGAGCGAGCCACUCAGGAGCAUUUGCGUUUGUGGAAUGAAGCCAAAUUGAGAGCAGAGGAGGCAAGCAAACGCGACAAGUACUUCGAAAGCAAAUCCCACGAAUCGGUAGAAAAAAGUCAUGAUCAUGUUCAGCGUUCGGGUCAUGAGGUCAAUGAAGUUGUAGACAAAGUACACAGCACCCAGGUUAACUCAGAUCAUGUCGCCAAAUCUGCCGAUCACGCCGAAGUGUUACAACCCAAAUACACUAACGUCGAGGUACCACAAUCUGUUUCCCAAAAACAACAUGGCGUUGCUGAUACACCCGAAGUUGUUAAAGCUCGCGAAGAACAUUUACGUCUGGUUGAAGAAGCCAAGGCAAAGGUUGCAAGCGUAGAACAAAAUGCCGAUCAUGAGCAUUAUGUCCAGGUUCCACAGGUGAAAUCUGUUGUCCAUGAUGUUCAUCCUGCUGUUACUGCCGAUACUCCUGAAGUAGUUAAGGCACGUGAAGAACAUCUACGUUUGGUACAGGAGGUACAGGCAAAGGUUCAAUCCGCUGAACAACUGGGACGUACAGUGACUUAUAGCAUCGCUGAACAUGCCCCCCAAGAAGUCAAUGUCCAUCCUCAGAUUGAAGAUACCCCCGAAGUGGUGAAAGCCCGCGAGGAACAUUUGCGCUUAGUAAACGAGGCAAAACUGAAAGCCCAAGCAGUGGAACACCAACAAACCGAUUCUGUCCACUCCGCACAUCCCGAAGUAGUUCACCCCGAAGAAACACCCGAGGUCAGUCAAGCACGUGAACAACAUUUGCGCAUUUUCAACGAAGUUAAAGCCCACGUUGAGAAAGAACAGAAAUCGAGAAGUGAACUUGGCCUUGAGACGCCAGAACAAAUCCUUCCAAAAGAAGAAGACAAAAUUCUCGAAUUGGAACGUUUGCGUGAGGCGGAACGCUUGAAAGAGGAACAAAAACAAUUGGAAUUGGAACGUAUGCGUGAGGCGGAACGUUUGGCCGAAGAACAACGACAAAUGGAAGCGGAAUUGUUGCGUUUGAAACAGGAGGAAGAAGAACGUUUGGCAAUGGAUUUGUUGGAACAGCAACGUCAGCAUAAGGCCGAACAGGAGCAACUGAAACAAUCGCUUAUUGCUGAGGAAUACAAGUCAGUUUCCACACCCGAUACCCUUGUGGCUGUAGUGACGGAAAAGAAAGAAAACUACAAUGAAUAUCCCCAGCUCAAAAGUGUUGUAGUUGACAGCCAAGUACAGCAAUCCGUGCAACCCGUUCAGCCCCAGGUACUAGUGCAGACUGUUGUACCACAAUACGGUGAUAAUCCAUUCCUGAAGAAUCUUGUAGUUGAUCCAAAUGACAAGCCACUUCUUCAAGUCCAACAGCCACUCCAAGUUCAAAAUCCAUUCCUGAAGAAUCUUGUAGUUGAUGCUCAAGCCAAUCAGUUCGUUCAAGUACAACAGCCAGCACAGGUUCAACCCCAAGUAGAAACGGUUGUAGUGCAAACAGCUGAACCCGUUGCCCGCUACAUUCAAUCAUCUCAACAAUCUUUGGGUACCAAACAUCAACACGUCAAAGACGAUUCCAUAAAAAUCCCCUCUGCCGAUCACGCCAGUUAUCAACCGGCCGAUACAGCCACCGCUCUUAUUCAUUGGGAAAAGGCACGACAGGAACAUUUUCGUGCCCAUGAACAGGCAUUGGAACAAUUGCGUUUGGCCAGAGAACAGACUUCACCACUAAAGGAUUGUAACCACUGA